GGAUGUUCAUCUAAUGGUUUUAAAUGUUAGUUAUUUCAGAACAUUCAGAGAACAUUCAACUCUAACAUUUCCAUAAUGUUUGCAAAAUGAUCAAAUGCAACGUUCCCUUAACAUUAGAAAAUCAAUUUAACUUUUUAUUAAUAAUAUGGAAAACAUCGUUAGAUUACAUGAUUCUUAAUUCCAAAAUGAAAUAUUUGCAGAUAGCAAGUUCAGAUUCGUAAAACUAUCUCUGAAAGUAAGGUACUUCGUGACGUCAUGUCAAAGAAUUGUAUGUUUGGUUCAUCACUCGGACCGAGUUGCGGGUGCGCGCACUCGGGAACACGCCCACCUCUCCGCGCGUGCGCGCCUUCACCCGUGUGCGGGAGCGCGCGCUCAGUGUGGAAGAUGCUGCCGGUGAGUUCAGACGCGGAUCGGAUGCUCGGUUGUCCUGUGAUAUGGAGACCCUGGGAUCGUUCAACAAGAGAGAUGCAAUUAAAUAAAGUGGUUUCUGGAGGUUUGAGGCGAGUUCAGACUUCUGAAGAUGUUUUCCAGCAUCCUGUGAGGCUGUUUCUGCCCAGGUCCAGGAUGCAGGAGCAUCUGUCUCAUCUGGGCCGGACGGUUCUGGACAGUUUCCCCGUUCAGGCCACACUGCACUUUUACAACGAUGAAGACUCCAGCUCUGAGGAGGAGGAGGAGGAUGAAGCAGACACUCAUUAACCUCCUCAGGUCCACACGUCUAUAACAUGAACUCACUAGUGAGCUGAGAGCCAAGCGUGCAGCCGUCAGGAAGCUGAACACUGUUUAGGAAACACGGCGUGUGAAUGGAGAUGGGAGACACGGCGGUGUGUUUCAGGAAGUGUUGUGGAUCCACAGGAACAGGAUCUUCACGCGAGACGAGCAGAGAUCCAGCGCCAUCAAACACAAACACACCUUUGAUCCCAAGACGAUCCUUCACGUCUGGGAACGUCUUUAAAGGGAUAGUUCACCACAAAUGAAAACUGUCAUUUACUUGCACUCAGGA